GUCUUUGGGUAGCUAGGCACAUAACACACACACAUACAAAUAUGCAUACACUUAAAGUACGAGGUAUGAGGUAGGAUCGAGAGUGUCCCGUAUUGAUACUACCGGUCUUUAGGUAUGUACAGUUAGUUGUACCGCAGCCAUGAUACAUGUUAUGCUGGACGUGUGUUCUCCACAUCUUCAUCACUUCUCAUCCAGCCUAGUGUACGCUACCAGAGCGGCGUGCGGUUUGCAAAAGUUUCUCUGCAUGAAAGACUCAAGUCCGACAGCCAGGUUUGCUCGCGCAGACUCGCGCGAGCACCCCUGUCCCUGCGAUCCAGUGUUCUGGCUCAUCGGGGCCACCCAGGCCAGCAGACUACACUACUUACUUUCUUCCACCACACACUGUACAAUGGCGAAGUGGUACAUAUCUACCUUCAGAUCUGCCUCCAGAUCUACCUUGUACCAACCAAUGUACAAGUCGGCAUGUGUUGAUAUUGGUUACGAAGUCGAAUACAAUUGCCAGCAUUUUCGUUUCGUCGUCCUCAGAUGGUGCCCUAGAUAUGAGAGGACAUAUAAGCCAUGUCCGCCAAACGUGACUCAUCUGGAAGUACGGAAUAAUGAACUAUGUUGUAUGUGGCUCUCGACUUAUCUAAAGAACAAAACCAAUUCCUUUCUUCUAUCUCAUUACCUUGAUUCGAUCGUUUCGGGACCGGAGAUCUAGGAUUGCCAUGGUUGUGGCUCCUUCUCGCGUUGACCCCGACGAACUCGGUCAAAGUUCUACACCUAACCGAGUAUAUCACGCAUGGA